ACUCUGCUUCUCUCUUUGAGAAAGUAAAAAUAAUAAAAAGGGAGGAAAUUUGUGUUACAAAAAAAAAAAAAAAAAAAGGGAAAAAUGGUUACCACCCGGCAAACGAAGGCCAGAGUCACCACAUUCUCUCACCGCCGGCAACUACCGGAGACAGAUUCUUCGGUGAAGAAGUUCUUCAAGGUGGUUUUACCCUCAACAAUGAAGAGAAACAUGCUGAUGAUUCCACCAAAAUUUGUGAAGCUACAAGGGAGUACACUCUCUGAGUUCGUUACAUUGAAGACUCCUGUGGGAUUCAGGCGUUCGAUAAAGCUUAAGCGGAUCGGUGAAGAGAUUUGGUUACAUGUCGGCUGGAGUGAGUUUGCAGAGGCUCAUUCCAUCGGUGAAGGCCAUUUUCUCUUCUUCGACUACAAAGGAAACUCAAGUUUCAGCGUAAUGAUCUUCAAUGUCUCGGCUUGCGAGAUUGAUUAUCCACUGGAUGCAGUUCAUAUCAGUGACAGCGACGAUGACGUGAUGGACGUUACAGACGAAGGGUUUCUUGGAACCCAAGGUGCUAGGAGAAAUGAUCAAUCUGUUGAUGGUGGUGGUACAGAGCACAACUCCAAUAAGAGACCAAGAGACGAGGAGUUUGAAAAAAUUCUAAACGAUGUUGAUGGGAUCAAUUCAAUCAAACCGCUUGAGGAAGAAGAAGAAGGCAAGAGAGUCUUCAGGGGACACCAGUUCUUUUAACAGAACAGAAGACCUGCAUGUGUUUAUGUUGUUGUGUAAUGUAAAAUAUUGUACUUCCUUAAACGAAACUCAAAAAAAACUUGGACCUGUAAUGUCUAAACAAAACUGUAACCAGGUCUUGUUUUGAUU